AACCAGUGAUUAUUUGCCUUAGCAACCUCAAAAUGGCGACUGUUUCAACUAAUUUACCCGAUGGCGAUGCACAUGAUGAAACAACGUUUAAAGUUGUUUCUGUCGCAUAGCAAACUUAACAAAAUGUGUGUUCUGCAGUACGACUUUAUUGUUGUGAAGUGAAGUGAAGGGAUUAAUAUUCAUAAGUAGGCUUCUUGAAGGAAAUCUGCCAACAAAGCUUCAAAGACGGGCAAGUAUUAACGGCCUAGCGUAGCACUACAGUAGUUGCACUGCAGCAGGAUAGUGCACAGGUUCUGUUCCUCUUUCACUGUUUUAGCAGCUGCUGUUCGGUGCAACAAAAGUCACACAGAAAGCAAUGGCGUCGAGUGACGUGCAGAAAACACCCUUACCUGUGGUGAAACAUGUCAUUGGAGAUGACGAUAUGGGUAUUAAAAAGGGUGUUAAAAUUCAAGUCGUGAACUACAGCAAGGUCAUCAAACUUCUUACAGAUCCUCAUUCAGUAACGUUAUAUGAGAGGCACCUGAACGCACUCCAGAAACUGAUUCGCCAUUAUCAAGUUGGCUUUCUCAUGAAAGAUCUGGUUCAAGUCUUUAAGAUUCUGAAUGUUUGUGCAGACAGAGUACAGGAACAGCCACUCUACAUCCAACCCAUGAUGGAGAUACUCAAAAUUGCAGGCUUACCCUUUCUGAAAGAAAAGACUUCUGAUGGUACGGCAUAUGCACAGAUUGUUGUGGAGUCUAUUUCACAGCUGGGUUACCUAAUGAGAGUGCCCAGUAAGGAGGUUCGUCUUCAGCUAGCUUCGACCCUUCUCAAUAUCUUCAGCAAUGAGCUGCCUAAACAAGAAGUCCAAGAUCAUCAGGCAUCUUCCAGGGCCUACAACAUGGCCAUGGUGGAGAAAAGCGACGUAGCUGAAACAUUAGUCAAGUCUCUAGCUCUUCUUGAACAAGACAUUGAUGUCAAGCUACACAUACUAGACUUGCUGCAGAACCUGUCUGCAUUCUCCGCUCCUAACUGUGAUAAGAUGCUUGCCGCUGAAGCAGCAAGUCGUAUCUGCAGCCGUAUGAAUGAUGCAGAACCUACUGGCAGGUUACUGUUCCGGUCCAUUGAGAUUCUGUGGAAUCUUCUAGAGAAUGGAAACAAAGAAGAGAUAGCAGAGCAGCUCAGCUCCUUCAUCUGCAUCAAAGCUCUCCAGGAGGCAUUUUCUCAACAAAUGACAUCAGGUUUCAGCCACUAUGAUCGACAGUUACGGAAUGACUUGUUAGUGAUAGCCACCUUGAUCGCAACAGUCUGCCCCCAAGCUCCAUUUAUUGAGACUGGGUUUGCCAAACAGCUUCUUCUCUUCGCAACAUUCCAAGAAGUCAGAAGUCACAACGUUCUUGUCAGACAUCUGAAACUUGGCACAAGCAUUGAAGACUUUGAGCUGAAGAAAUUACUUAUUAAUAUUAUUAUUGUCCUCUCCAAAGAUGUCUCAAUGGUCCCGUUACUAGCUGAAGGCCACAUUCUCUUAGCUCUCUUCUCCUACGUCAGAGGCAAUGAGAAUGUCUCCCAGCACCAGGAGUGGACUCCGGCUCAGUUUGAGGAGGUACAACUUCAUGCUAUGAGUGCUCUCUGUACCGUAGCACCGCUUUGUGUCCAGGAUUACAUGACCUGCCAGGGGAACACUAGAUUGCUUUUGCUGUUGGAAUGGUGCGUUGGCAAAGAGGAUUUUGCAGGCCAUGGUAAUGCUUUCCAUGGUUACGGUGGCCGUGGCAACAAGCGAGCUCAGAUGAGGUACUGCCUUCAUCUCAUGAGGAGUAUUGUCAGCAUUGGAGAGGCUUCAGUCAAUCAGGACUUUGUGGAUCAGGGAGCCAUAAAUCAGAUCUUAGAUAUUUUGCUUAGUGCUAGUCAUUCAGAGAGUGAUGAUGAUGUCAUUGAUGUUGAGAUGCAGUCUGACAUGCUGUCUAUUCUAUCCAUCCUCUGUGAAGGAGACAUUCAUCGAAAGGAAUUGUUCGGAGAGAAAGGUGUGAAGGUUGUCCUUCAGUACCUGAAAACCAACCCUAAGAAGCUGUGUAGUGGUUUAGGUUACCAUCGUAUGAUGUUAGCCACCGUUGAUAGUAUUUGGUGCUGUGUGGUAGGAGCUUAUCUCAAUGAGGACUUGUUUCUGGAAGGACAAGGAGUCUUCUUCUUGCUUGACUUACUGCAGACCUGUUCAGCCAACAUGCAUAACCUGAUCCUUGGCUGCCUUUUGGACCUGUGUGAGAAUGCUAAGACAGUGGCUCAUAUGCUGGCUUGGAAGAGUGAUAAAAACACAACAGUAGCGUCGCUACUCAUCAAAAUCUGGAAGCAGGAAGAACAGGCACUUGGAGUAGCCAGAAACGAAAAUGGGACCAUUGCAGACACCAGGAAGCCUCUUAUGGGUGUAGUUCAGGAGAAGGCAGGUAUCGUCCCCCUACCAGCCAAUUCCCGCAGCCAGGCGAUCGUUGAUGUCUUUGAGAACAUGCGAGCCAAGAUCUAUGCUCUCUUUUGUAAGAUAGGUUUUGAUGACCACCCAAGCCUGUCUACCAGUGACCAAGUUGUGGUGUGUAUUAUUGAGAAGUAUCUGGAUUUCAAGCAAGGAGAAGUAUGGAAGGAGGUGACGUCAGAGUUGGAACAGGAGGGAGUUCGGCCAGUCACGCCUGAUGAAGAAGCCUUGUCAGUGAUCAACAGGACUACCGAGGAGCUAGCAAUCAACGUAGCUGAUACACAAGUUGACAUGCUAGAGACACAGCUACAACAGGAUCUGUUGGAAGAACAGGAGAUGUAUGCUGAGAUCCGAGAGAACCAUCGCCAGAAAGAGAAGGCGAUCAAGAGAUGGAACAACUACGUAGCACGUACAUCCAACUAUUCAUUACUCAAGGCUGCUAAGACGGAUCAAGACUUGAGCAUAAACGCCUCUCGAGUACAGACUGACUUCCUGGAUUCUGAUACUUAUCACAGCACUGACUUGGCCAAUCUCCAAACGACAACAUUUCAGAGUCGUCAUGUCAACAUUGAUAGCACACCGUUAGAGCUGACCGGAGGUCCUACCCUCCUUGGCCAACCCAACGAAAGAGACAUCACUAACAGGGUUACAAUGAAAGAAAACACUCCAAUAUUUGUGUCUUAGCUGCAAACAAAAAUUGUAAUUCUUUAUAUGUAAAUAUUGAGGGGUUUGUAUUAGAUUUCCUCAUUUUAUAUCCCCUCUUCAGUUUUUGAGAGGGGUACAUGGACUAGGACUUAAUGUACUGAGAGCCUGUCAACCUUAAUUGAAAAGAAGAGUAGAUUCAAUCGGGUUUGGAGGGGUCAAAGGAUUAUUACCCGAGAGGUCUUGUGCUCUAAGGAAUGUUAACACUGCGCUUAAGGAAAGUGGAGAAGUUCUGCAAUUUUUUAAUGAGCGUUACAUAAACUUUUCAAAUUAUAGAAACGACCACCGUCUGACAGGUCAAGCUUUGUCCCACAUGACAGAGAUCCCAAUUCAUCCCUUUCAGUCAAGCCGUACCCCACUGGCACAAAGCGUAAAGGGUUUGAGGUAAGGUAGUACCACUGGUGGGACCAUCACAAGAAGCAGUUUUGUGGGCACAAAUGGCUGUUCUGUAUAUUUUGUAUAAAAUGUGUUAAGAGCACAGUUUUUGAAAGUGUGUACAUAAAGAAUGUGAGUUUGAAACAUUAAUUACACAAUGAGAGUUUAAAUAUAAACUAAACAGAUCUUUAAGAUGAAACAAUUUUUUUCAGUGUUCCGUUUUGAGUUCAGCACUGCAUGCAUUUUUGAGUAUAUACAUGUACUUGUGAGAGUUUGUAACUGUACCUGGUACAUGAUAGAUUGUUUUAUAAAAGAACGAUUUUUCUUCUGUAUAUUUAUGUAAAGAGAUUCUUAACAAAGCCGCUAUCCGUCCAGAUAUAACUUGUCCGAGGACCAACUCGAAGCAAUGUCACAAGUGAACCGAAUCCAACAUGUACUUUUAACCAUAGAUCAGGUUUGUUUAAACUUAGGAGUCUGUCCAAAAUUAAAUAAAGUUUGUAAAAGAAAGCCUUACGUGA